GCUGUCGCCGCCCUCUGAUAAUGCAGCAUGGGCGAAAAUACCAGAGUCGAGAGCUACAGCUGAGGAAGCAGACCCCUGUACUGUCAACGAUUUUGGACGAUUGAACGAAAGUGAUGUUCCAACAAUGCCGAUAGUUGAUAAACUCAAGGAGGCAUUAAAACCUGGUCGAAAGGAGACGGGCGAUGAAGGCGACCUCAACAAGCUGCUGGCCUCUUCUGCCAAGAAAGUCCUUUUGCAGAAGAUAGAGUUUGAACCUGCCAGCAAGGGUUUCUCUUAUCAGCUGGACAGCCUGAAGAACAAAUAUGUGAUCCUCAAUCCCAGGAAUGAGGGCGCUACGAGCCAGAAGGCCACAGAGCCUGCCCAAAUAAAGAGGCAAGUCUCAGAGAACGUGGUCGGGGGCCAGAGCGAUGGGAUCCCCGCCCCGCAAAAGAUGCUCUUUCCAGGAAACAAGCUUACCCUCAAAUGGGAGCGUGUGUACAGGGUGGGAGCCGGCCUCCACAACCUCGGGAACACCUGCUUCCUCAACUCCACCGUGCAGUGUCUCACCUACACUCCUCCACUUGCCAACUACUUACUCUCAAAGGAGCACAGCCGUGCCUGUCACCAGUCAGGCUUCUGUAUGAUCUGUGUAAUGCAGAACCACAUCAUCCAAGCUUUUGCCAACACGGGCAACGCCAUCAAGCCUGUCUCCUUCAUCAGAGACCUGAAAAAAAUUGCCAGGCAUUUUCGCUUCGGGAGCCAAGAGGACGCUCAUGAGUUUUUGCGGUACACCAUCGAUGCCAUGCAGAAAGCCUGUCUCAAUGGCUACCCGAAGCUCGACAGGCAGACCCAGGCCACAACACUGGUGCAUCAGAUCUUUGGAGGUUACCUCAGGUCGCGAGUGAAAUGCUCUAUUUGUAAAAGUGUGUCGGACACGUAUGACCCUUACCUUGACAUUGCGGUAGAGAUUCGGCAAGCAGCAAACAUUGUGCGAGCGCUGGAACUGUUUGUUAAACCAGACGUACUCAGUGGAGAGAAUGCCUACAUGUGUGCCAAGUGCAAAAAGAAAGUGCCAGCCACCAAGCGCUUCACAGUCCAUCGAACCUCGAACGUACUGACCCUCUCACUGAAGAGGUUCGCCAACUUCAGCGGAGGAAAAAUAACAAAGGACGUUGGUUACCCAGAAUUCCUGAACAUCCGACCCUACAUGUCUCAGAGCUCAGGCGACCCCGUUAUGUACGGCCUCUAUGCUGUUCUGGUGCACUCUGGCUACAGUUGUCAUGCUGGCCAUUAUUACUGCUAUGUCAAGGCAAGCAAUGGACAGUGGUACCAAAUGAAUGAUUCAAUGGUGCACUCCAGUAACAUCAAAGUGGUCUUGAACCAGCAGGCUUAUGUGCUUUUCUACCUGAGGAUCCCUGAAACCAAGAAGAAUGCAGACGGGCAGACCACCAAGCAGGCGAUGUUGCAUCCUGGGAAGAACAGUGCGUCCUCUGAGCAGAUAAAGAGGGCCAACCUGAACGGGCCUCUCUCCUCGCCGCAGGUCACAAAGAAACUUGAGCCUGCACAGCUGCGUAAGAUCCAGUCCAUGGAUGGUGGUUUAGGCCUGCCCAUUUCCAGGAACGGUGUCAGCUCCCUGCCACAGCCCAGACUCUCCAACUGGAUGUCGUCCUCCAACGGCCCGCCGAAGCUGCCGGGCGGACCCACGACCAUCGAAGAGCCCUUCAAGAAGCUGAAGAAGCCCUCCCCGCAGAGCCAAGCGCAGUCCCGCAGCAGCACCCCGACCCCUUCCAACAACGGGGUCAGCAGGACGGAUGGGGAGAAAAAGCAAGGUGGCGAGGGCAGAGGCAUGGCAGCGUCUACCUCAAUUAAGUCUUUGUCUGACUCUUCCUCUGCCGACACCACUGACUCAAAGGACUCCGUUGGCACCAAAAGUGCGCCAGUAGGAGAGACGCCCUCGACCCCUCGGAAAGGCUCCAACGGCCUGGCGUCUCCGGCCAAGAGCGUGGAACGCUCUCAGAGCACAGAAGAGCAGAAGACCGCAAAAAUCAAGCCCCCGGCCCUCAACAACAUCACGUCUGAAGCCACCAGCACCAUGUCACCUCCACCUGCCAAGAAACUGGCCCUGUCAGCCAAGAAGGCUCGCAACCGGAGUCCGAGCAGCAUUGAUGCUCUGCCCCCUUUGCCGCGCCAGCUGUCCAGUGACCCCACGCAUCACAAUCAACUUAACCCCCUCACCUUCGCCUCACCUACUCACACCCACAGAGCUGGUCCAUUCCAUUCACCUAAAGUCCAGUCAUCGCAGCCUUUUGCUCACUCAAGUGGAUCCUUCAAACAACAGUCCCUUCUCUCCACACUGCAGAAACCAAACGCCAGCCUUUCUCUUAAAACCAACGGGCUGCACAGUACCGGCCCAAAGAACCCCAAGUCUUCCAACAACUUCAGCUCCUCGGCCCAAGAACCAGACCUCAACAGCCCUCUAAAGGCCAAUCAAAAGAAGAAGAAGAAGAAGAAGAGGCGGCAUUCUGAGGUGGAGGCCGAAGCAGAGCCAGUUGCGUCUCCAGCUACAGCAACGCCGGCCAACAUUGUGGAAUCGGCCAGCGAGAAGAAACGGAAAAAGAAGAAGAAGAAGCGAAAGAGGGACAACGAGGAUGUCGAGAAAGUCAAGGAGAGGGAGUGCGUCCCGUCUCAUCUGGACAACCAGGAGGAGGAUUGGUGUCAGGGUGGCAUGUGGAGUCUAACGUCUAAUCCAGACACAGAACCGUCUCGGCAAGAGCCUCUGUUAACUUCCGUGAUGUCAAAGCAGUGCGAGUCCAGUCAGAAAGAACAGGAAAUGGACUCUGAGAAGUUGAAGAAGAAGAAAAAAAAGAAAAAGAAGAUGCAGCUGGCAGAGGCUCUGAAGGACACAACGUCAGCGUGCUCUGCAGCUGAAAUCAGCACUUCUGAGACAAAGGCCACAGUCGUUCAGAAUGAUGCGGGACAUUCAAUACUGUUGAAAAAGAAACUAAAAAGGAAGAAGAAGAGGCUAAAAGAAGAGGUGGGACUGUGGGAGGAGAGCAGGCGAUGCUCGGACGGGCAGAAUGAAGUUCCUGAAGCAGCGGAGCCCCCUUCCAAGAUGACCGCCACAGAGAACGGCAAAAUAAGUAAACAAGGUGCAGCCGCAGUGGUCGUGUGGGACAGCCAAGUGAAGGACGGCUACAAACGCAGCCAGGCACCAGCCGCUGAUGGCGGUGUGUCAGGUGACACACCAACUCGUGCUGCCGCUACUGGCUGGGACGGGAAGAAGUCAAGCGGGGUGGUAGAGGAGCUGCUCAGGAACUCCACAGAUAAGGCCUACGGAGCCAACGUCCUCAGUUGGGAUGGAGAGGUUUCCGCCAUUAGUAGAGAUGCCGCUGAAGAUGCGCGCCAUGCCAGGUGUGACACUGUGAUUGACGAGUGGGAUGAAGACUUUGACAGGGGAAAGGUGAAGAAAAUAAAAAACUUUAAAAGAGAGAAGUGGAGAGGUGGCAGCAGCAUCUUCCAGAAGAUCCAGGAUAGGCGGAACAAGUGGUCUGUGACGCCAGGAGGGAAGAGAUUUCUUGGAAUCCGUCGCUGAGAGUCCAAAUUGCUGUUGAGGUCAUGUUGCCUGGAUAUCAAGACAACAAUACUGUAUACCAUACUCUUCUGUACCUUCUCUCACUUUUUUUUUAAUCUUUCUUUUGUUACGUUAAACACCCAAAUUCCUCAAUUAGACACGAGCCCGCCCUCAUCAAACUCCAUUUUAAAGGAAUAUGAAUUGUUGUCGUCCGGCUGCAGUAACAUUAAACACUGGCCAGUAAAAUUUUGCUCCCUCAUAAUCCCCCUUUUUUAACACCACGAGUAGUAUUCACGCAGUAUUUAAGAGAAACCAUGUCGGAUAAAGUACUGUAUGUUGGCAUCCGAACAAUCGGGCUGCAAUUAAUUUAAUAUAGUCUGCCAUAUUUGAGAGGGGUAAGGCUAAGAAUGAGAAAGUACGCCUGCAGCCACGCUUUGGCUGAAAACUGUACACAAUCUCAGAUCAUAUUUGUGCAGACACAAGGGCUUAGCAAGUUGAACAUCAAGGGAAAAAAGUGACCUUUUUCUACCCUUCUCUUGAAAUUAUUUUAUACCAAAUUAUUAAGAUCUAAUAUUGUUUAUUCACUAAAACAUAUAUUAUUUUUAAGAUUUCUGUUUAAGUUUCUUAUUUUAUGCCUUUAUCCGCCGUCAUUUUUUUUUUUUUUUUUGCUGUGGUGUCUGUGCCAUGUGGCUUCUUUUUUAAGGACCAAAUUUUGCCUGCAUAUUGUUGGUAAAAUUAAGGUUUAAAAUUGCCACUUUUUUUUUUUUUGUUUUUAAAGAUAUGCAUGUCUGAAACUGGUUCAAAAUCAUAUUAAGGAUUUUGUUUUUAUUUCUGCUCUCCUCCCUCUAUUUGUUUCUUUAUGAAUUUGGUUCAUUUCAGAUUCAGUGUUUUUUACUGAUUUGUGUAUGAACAGUUUAACAGUUUAUGGAAGCGUUGACAAACGACACAUCAGAGGCUGUAAGUUUCAUCAUAUCUGUAAUGUGUCACUGUUUCCUGACAGUUUGUAAUGCAAUGUGCAUAGUAGAUGUUGGGGUUGUUGGGGGAACUCGAAUGGGAGCAGUUGUUUUAUCUACUGUGCAGCUAUUUAACCAUGCAGCUCACCUCAUCAGUCCAGCGUUAAGAAGCUCUCCGUCUGGAGAUUCGACCUUUCCAUUCUCUGCCACAAACUGUUCUUUACCAAUGUACUGAAAUAAAAGGGUUACAUUUUAUACUUCAGGCACUGUGUUAGAAUGGGACUGCCACAUGCUAAUAAUUUCUUUUUCCUCCCCCUGUAUCUUAUAUCUCUAUGCAAUUUUUCUGACUGUCAUGCUGGUCACCUAGAAACUGGGCUAAGACUCAGGAACCCAGAACAUCCUGCAUCCCAUUCUCGUCUCUGAUCAGAAGCCCCUGUUUCAUAUCAGAGUAGUCCCUCUCCACGGACCACCAUUUUGCAUCCUGUACAUCCUGUAGAAACUCUUUUAUACAAAGUCUUUCAGGUGUGGAAACCAUGGGAUCAUCUUGCACUGAGCCGGGCACAGAUGCAUAGAGAAACUAACGUUAUAAACAAAAAUGCUUUGCCAAUGUAGAAGACUGUACAGUCCAUCUUGUGCUACCUGUUUCCCUCCGACGCUGUAAAGAUUUGCCCAUGCAUUUCUUUUCAUUCUAGAGAUGUUGCCUUGAAUUGGCUAUAAAAAGUAUAGGAUUUAAUGUUAUAAAUAUAUAAUUUAAAGAAGAAAAGACACAGAAUCUUUAAUGUGCUACUAAUACUCGGAUCAGUCGGUGGAUGUUAACUCGAGAAUUAAUCUGCAAAUGUGUUAGUUCAUUUGUGUUUAAGAGAGAGUUGUCUGUUCUCGCGUGAGACCUUCCCUAUGUCACUGUAGUGCGUGACGUACUAGAGGGGCUACGGCAGUCUAACCUCCAUAGGACGUGUUUGUCAGCUGUGAAAUCGACGUAGGGUGUGACUCUCAAACUGACACAGGAACAUUUACCGGUGUGAAUGGACGGUCUACAUUUUUGCAUUGAUGGUUCAAUAUUUCGCACCACCUUUUCUGACCAGGGAAGAGACCUUUCAUAAUGAAAGUGGCUCUUACCACACUAUAGAUAACUAUAAAGGUGCAAUAAAGUUGUGACUUUUGUGAA